AUGAGUUCCUCUAGAGUAAGUUUGACGCCAGACAGUAAAGGCAUCGGUUUGUUGGUUGGGAAAAAGAUAGCGGCCCUUUGGGUGAGCUAAUCUGAAAAUCGGACAAAACUGAUCAAAAAUGACCAGGGGAAAUCAGCGUGAACUUGCUCGCCAGAAAAAUGCCAAGAAGCAAAAUGAUAUGCAUAAGGGCAAGAAAAAUGACGAUGGUUUAUCUGCUGCUGCCAGAAAGCAGAGAGAUGCAGAAAUAAUGCAACGGAAGCAAAAGCAAGCCAACGAAAAAAUGGACUAUAAAGCCAAAUAGAAGACAUCAAUAAACCCUUUGGACGAUCCUAAGCUAUUAUUGUUGGUGUCAGACUAUAUAGGUUUUUUGUGUGUGUGUGCUAGAUUCAGCAGUACCAUUGCUUGUACUUUGAUUUAAAACCUUUUUGUAUUGUUCUAAUUUAGUUUGAUUGGGCAUUUACUUCACUGUGUACAGGUCUUCCUUUUCUUGAUCAGUAUUUACCAUGUAAAAACCAAGAAUAACAGACCCACAAAACCCAUCUUGCAAUAACGUACUCUUGUAUCUCAUUUGCUUUCCUUUACUCAAAACUGUGGAAUAAAGUGUAGCUCA